AUGGCUAGUCAGAGUUCCCAUGAGGCACGGGCAGCCCUGCUGAUCCUAUCAGCUGACGGGGAGCCUGCAGCAGGGGACACCCAUGAUUCCUCCCCAGAUCCAAACCUGGAUUCAGCAGAGGCUUUGGAGAAGCAGGGUGACCAGCCCAAGAGCCCAGAUCCAGGCCUCCGUGACAAUCCACCCCCACAGGUCCCGAACCCAGAAAUGGCCAACGAAGAGAACAAUGCCGUCCUUGCGCUGUCCUUCCCCAGGAAGCUCUGGAGGAUUGUGGAGGAUGCGGCCUUCACCUCUGUGCACUGGAACGAUGAGGGAGAUACAGUGGUCAUCGAGGCAGAUCUCUUCCAGAUGGAGGUACUCCAGCGCAGAGGCACGGACCAGAUCUUCGAGACAGACAGUAUCAAGAGCUUCAUCCGCGAACUGAACCUGUACGGGUUCAGGAAAAUCUGCCCUUCGAGUCACUCUGCAGGGAAGAAGCUCAUGAUCUAUCGAAACUCCAAUUUUCAGAGAGACAAGCCUCUCCUUCUGCAGAACAUCCAGAGGAAAGGCAACCCCAGAACAACUUCUCAGCCUGCCACCGGCACAACGGCAACCCCAAAGAGAAAGAAGCGAGUGGUGACAAGCAGACACUCUCCUCAAUUCCACCACAACGAGUUUACCCAAGAGGCUGGCAACAAAAUCCAGAAGGGGAUGCCAACUGCUCACAGAACCCCAAGCCAGUGCUCAUUUGUGUUCUCUGACCUAUGGUCUGUGGGCAAUGUAGCCAGGUGGGCUGGGCGAAACCAUCUCCCCAAUGAUCAGGGCAGCCCCAGUGGAGAGGGCACAUCCAGCAAUGCCAUAUCUGUGCCCUCGGCUACUGCUGAAAGGGAAAGCCCAGGGAAACUGCCCGAGAGCCCCCCGGUGUACCCAGAUCAUGAAUCGUUGAUGACUUUGUACAACACCUGUUACUCCAUCCUGAUGGCGGGCCUUUUAGUCAUGACCCCAGAAGAGGCCCUUGAGGCAGAGGAGGAGCAGGGAGAGUCCUCAGAUUAUAAGUGUGCCCUCUGUGAGCAGUUCAAGAACAAGCCUAAUCCCUGA